AUGACCAACAGCAGUGUCAAGGGAGACAUCAUCCUGGUGGGCUUCUCUGAUCAGCCCCACCUGGAAAAGAUGAUCUUUGUGGCUGUUUUGAUAUCCUAUCUCCUUACCCUUGUGGGAAAUACAGUAAUUAUUCUGAUCUGCUCUGUAGACCCUAAACUCAAGACACCCAUGUACUUUUUUCUUACUCACCUCUCCUUAAUUGAUAUCUGUUUUACCACCAGUAUUGUCCCUCAGCUGCUGUGGAACCUAAAAGGACCUGCCAAAACAAUCACAUUCCUGGGUUGUGUCAUCCAGCUCUAUAUCUCCCUGGCAAUGGGCUCCACUGAGUGCGUCCUCCUGGCUGUAAUGGCUUUUGAUCGCUAUGCUGCAGUUUGCAAACCUCUCCACUAUACAGCUGUAAUGAACCGGCUGUGCCAGGCUCUGGCAGGGGUUGCGUGGCUGAGUGGAGUGGGAAACACUCUCAUCCAGGGAACUGUCACCCUCCGGCUGCCUCGCUGUGGACACCAGUUGCUCCAUCAUUUCGUCUGUGAGGUACCCUCCAUGAUUAAGCUUGCAUGUGUGGACAUCCAUGACAAUGAGGUUCAGCUCUUUGUUGCUUCAUUGGUCUUACUCCUCUUGCCCUUAAUGCUAAUAUUGCUGUCCUAUGGACAUAUUGCCAAGGUGGUCAUAAGGAUCAAGUCAGUCCAGGCCUGGUGCAAAGCCCUAGGGACAUGUGGAUCCCACUUGAUAGUAGUGUCCCUCUUCUAUGGGACCAUCACAGCUGUCUACAUCCAGCCCAACAGUUCUUAUGCCCAUGCUCAUGGGAAAUUCAUCUCCCUCUUCUAUACAGUUGUGACCCCGACCCUCAAUCCCCUCAUCUAUACACUGAGGAAUAAUGACGUGAAAGGAGCACUGCGAAGAUUAUUUCACAGAGACUUCACAUAA